AUGGCGUCCACCGCGAAAUACCAGCCCGCCGCCCAGCAGGAGCCCGACGACGACUACACCCACGCACCGCCCGCGUACGGCACCGCAGCUGAGUCGUCGUCGGCGCACGAUCCUGGCUUGUUUGCCCAGCCGCGCAGCAGCGAUGACAACAUCCCCGACGACUUCAAGUUUGGAGGCUCUGUCGCUGAAGCCACAGUCGAUAUCCGCAACCAAUUCGUCCGCAAGGUCUACAGCAUUCUCACCGUCCAGCUCAUCGCUACCGCAGCCCUGGGUUCCGUCAGCUUCUUCAGCGAUGCAUACAAGAACUGGAUCCAAAGCCACCCGGGCCUUGUCUGGGCAUCGCUCUUCGGCGCCAUGAUCUUCAUGGGUCUCACCUACUGGAAGCGCAAGUCCUACCCGACCAAUCUCCUCUUCCUCUCCCUCUUCACCCUCACCGAAGCCUACUCAAUCUCCGUCAUCGUCUCGUUCUACAACACCCGAAUCGUCCUCAGCGCAACCAUCAUCACCGCCGGCAUCUUCGUCUUCCUCACGGCUUUCGCCAGCCAGUCCAAGUACGACUUCACAUCAUGGAUGCCCUACCUCUUCGGAGCCCUCUGGGGCCUCGUCAUCUUCGGCUUCAUGGCCAUGUUCUUCCCUUACAGCUCCACCGGCGAGCUCAUCUACGGCGGACUCGCAGCCCUCAUCUUCAGCGGCUACAUCCUCGUCGAUACGCAGAUGAUUAUGCGCCACCACCACGUUGAGGAGGAGAUUGCCGCCGCCAUCAGCCUGUACCUAGAUAUCAUCAACCUGUUCCUCGCCAUUCUGCGUAUUCUCAACAGCCAGUCUAACAACUAA